CCUUCAUUUUAUGAUUUUUGAAUUGAUGAGUCGUCUCUGAACAUUACACAAAGGAAAAAUGUUGCGAUCUGUUAGUUUGAAACCCCAUCUGCCAUUUUCGUCUUCUUCAGCUCUUCUUUUUGAAGCUGCAAAUAAAAGCCAUGGUUCAGGAAGCGCUGUAAAUCCGCUCACCAUCCGGUGUUCUUCAAGAACCAAUGGUUCGAUACCAAAGCUCGAGCCUUUUAGCCGGAGCAAGCUCGAGAGAGUCGUUAAAGACCCUCCUCUCAUCGAGAAAUGCGAACGCGAACUCGCAGAUUAUUGCUCUGUUCUGGAAGGGGAUGAUUCCUAUAGCUGCUGGAGGGCGUAUUUUGAACUCAAGGAUCUUGAAAAAGAACAUCCAAAGGAGGAGGUGGAGAGGCUAAUCCUGCAAGCAGGUGGAGUGAAAUCUCUGAUUGGGUGCGUGCAUGGGAUCGCGUCAAUGCAGAAACCGGCGAAAAAUUUGCAGGAACCCGCGAAGGCGAAGAACAGUGAUAAAGUUGAUGAGGAAAGGGUGUGCCCUGUACCUGACGGAUUGCCCAAGUCAAGAGAAGAGGUUGAAGAAGAAGAGAGAGCUUUGAUGCCAGAUUCCCCUUUCACCAGAUUACUGAGGAUCAAAGGGAAAUCCCCGGCAUGGUACUCCCAAGCACCUGAUCACCAAACCUAUUGAUAUUCAUAUUCAGCUCCAUGUUUAUACUACUAGUGAGUAGAGGUUGAAGGAAUAAAUGUAUAGUUACUCUGAUCUGUAAUCUUCUUAUAAAGUCUGUUGAUUAAUAUAAAUACUGGGUUUCGGCAGACAAUUGUAGUCUUCAAUCUGUAGCUUGUUUAAUGAAAAGGAAUUGCUUU